AUGGAGCGAGAUGACUCGCACACGACAGCGGUUGACGUGGGCGUGGCGGUCGUCGCUGGAGCGUUGGUCGUCCGGCUAGCAGAGCAGGCGAAAAGGAACGAAGAGAAGUUGUCUUUUUUUCUUUUUGAACGCAGAGAUGCACGAGAGAGCGAGAGCGAGAGAGGAACAGAGAGAGAGAAGAGAGAAGAGAGAGAGAAAGAACAAGAAAAGAAGAAGAAGAGAGGAAGAAGAGAAGUUGAAGAAGCGAAGUUGAAGUCGAGGCGGACGAAGAAGAAAGUUGCAGUUUUGGCUCAAAAGGGGAAAAAGGCAAAAAGAGACGCGCGCUAA